AUGCCGGCUGAUACUGCUACUCGCGGCUUGAUCAUAGGCCUAAAGGCGACCGGGAAAUCCUAUAGCGAGAUAGCUGAGCUUACUGAGCUGCCUCGGAGCACGAUCCAACGGAUUUACGAAACAGCAGUGAAGAGAGGAUUCGACCCACAAAAGCGACCUUUGGAGAUUUGUGAUGCCCAUGUCGCUGUUACUACUCGCAUCCGUGGCCCUAACAAACCGAAGACCGACGUUUCAACCGAACCCACCGACGUAACCUGA